GAGGUGGUGUGUGCGCCGUGCUGGGCGAAGUUAUUGUUUGGUGUUGUGAGGAUCAGUACACAUCAUUUGCUCUGCGCUGUUACUGGAACUCGGACAUGUGUGCUCCUUCACUUCGUUUGGCAUGAAGUGCUGAAGUUACCUGCUACAAAGAAGAGUUUGACGUACAAAAUACUGCAGUGUUGUUUCCUCAGCCAUGGAUUUUUCAGCAGUUCAGUUUGGGGAUGAAAUGUUAGGAUACAAUGAAAACAGCACAUUCAGUGAAGACAACUCAGCAUAUGCAGAAAUGUAUCCUGGAGAAGCAGGGGAGCCUUUUUCAGCUGGAGGAGAGUUUGGCCAUGACAGUCAAGGUGGAGAGUUCAUGAGUGGUGGGGAGUUCCAAGAAAGUCAGUCAGUGUUGGUUGACGGAGGGGAUCGAUUUGGUGUGUCAGCUGUUAUAGUUGACCGGAAAGAAGAGCUAGUCUGGAUGGGGAAUUCUGGGGGGCAUGUUACGUCAUACCUCAGCACAGAUCUGAUGAAAUAUACAUCUUUCCAAGUACAUGCCACUGAAGAAAUUCGUGACCUGAGAUCAGUUGACCAAGGAAUACUUGCUUUGACCCCAACUUCACUUAACCUGCGCACAAGACAGGGAAUGCCAUCCUUCACUCAUCAAUCAGCUCAACUAGAAAACAUGCAGUGCAUGCUUCAGUUGGGUGGCAAUUUUUCUCAUCGCCUGCUCAUGGGAGGACACCAGGGAUCAAUGAUUGAGUUUGAUCUGACACAAGGAAAACAGACAAGAUGUCUCCAAGUUGGAGAGCAAGGUUGUGUAAUUCUGCGUGACCAUCCGAGGUUUGUGUGCCACGGUGAUCUCACUGGCAGAAUCGUCCUUCAUGAUCCUCGGACAUUGCGUCAGGAGCAUUGCUUUCAAGCUCACACUGGGAGCCUCUCAGAUUUUGAUGUUCUAGGAAAUUACAUCGCUACUUGUGGUUUCUCAAACAGAAUGGGUCAACUAUUGGGUGAUCAGUUUGUGAUGGUAUUUGAUCUCCGAAUGAUGAAGCUUUCCCUGCCUCUACGUGCCCUGGUGCCUCCUUUGCUCCUGAGGUUUGUGCCAGGCCUGUCCUCUUGUCUGGCUGUAGUGUCUCCUGUUGGACAGUGGCAGCUGAUGGAUGCUGGCCAGCCAGAUAAUGCCAUCAUGAGUAUGAACUAUCAGGUGAGCUGUGUACCAGAAAGCGUUAUCACCUCCUUUGAUGUAGCAUCAUCCUCCCAGGCAGUAGUGUUUGGAGACAGCCUGGGAUCCCUGCAUCUCUUCACCUCAGGCAGUAAACCUACAUUCAAUAACUUCUCACAGGAAACGAUUAUGAUUGACAUGCAAGAUACAACGCACACUAUGCCCUUGACUGACAACACCUCAUCUCUUGCUUCAAUCCCAGUGUAUUUUCCAUCAAAUCCUCUGCUGUCUGAUUGGCCAGAGCAAUACAUGAAAGUUCGCUACAGACCAACUCCUCCAGUUGAUCCAGCAAUUCUGCAGAGCAUGAAGAUUGUGGGAUCAAUUGGUUAUGCUCCAAAUCUUUACAACAAGAAAAGAAACCAGGUUCCAUACAAAUUCAGUCGAACAAAAGGGCAAAAGUCUGCUGCAGGUGAACUCCCUCAAGGAAAGAAUGAUCAAGGCAUGGCUGUUCAUGUCCCGUGGAGGUACAGGAGGAUAGAAAUAAAAUAUGGCAAACAUGGUAUGGAUGAUUUUGACUAUGACCAGUAUAACAGAACAAGUUUCUCUGGUCUAGACAUGUCUCUGCCCAAUUCCUACUGCAACCCAAUGCUUCAAAUGUUUUAUUAUAUAGCUCCUUUGCGUGCUCUCAUGAUGUCCCACCUGUGUGAACGAGAAUUCUGCCUGGUCUGUGAGUUAGGUUUCCUGUUCCAUAUGUUAGAUGUCAGCAUGGGCCAAGGCACACCCUGUCAUGCAUCCAACUUCCUGCGAGCAUUCAGAACUAUCCCUGAGGCAUCUGCAAUGAGUCUUACACUUUCUGAUCAGGACAAUCGAGCAAAGAUCAAUUUUCUUUCAAAAAUUCAGAGCUGGAACAGGUUUGUUUUGCAACAGCUGCAUUCAGAAACACUUGAAGAAAAGGUUGAUCACUCCUGCCCUGAGAAGUAUGAAGAAAAGGUUUUACAAGUGACUGAUAGUAAUGAAGAAAAGGACACAAAAAGUGAAAAGACUUACAGCACUGAGAGGCAAGAUAAGCGAGAACACUCACCAGUGUCUUCCAUUUUUGGUGCACAUGUUGUCAGCAUCAACAAAUGCACCAAAUGUAGCUUUGAAAUCCACAAAGAAACCACAUCACUUCUUGUGAAUUUAGCAUUUCCUGAAGUUAUUGAUGGGAGGUGCUCAUUUGCAUCAGUGGUUGAAAGGAGCCUAAGUCUGGAGCAGACAAGGCAGGCUUGGUGUGACUCAUGCACAAGAUAUCAGCCCAUUGAACAGAGCCGACGCUACAAAACUCUGCCCAAAACUUUGGCCAUGAAUUGUGGUCUGGAUAGUUCUCAGGAUAUUAAAUUUUGGAAACACCAGUUUGAGCUGAUGCUGACAGAGAUUCGUGACAAAAAGAAGGAGGAAGAAAGAAAAGCUGCUGAAGCUAAGCAAGGAAGUGCUGACAAAGAAAAUAAUAAAAGUAGUGAGAAAACAGCUCCAUCUUUAGCAACAGGAAGCCCUUCAACACCCUCCAAGAGAUACCCCGAUAGUUCCACUCCUCAGCCGUCCCCUGCCAGGCCCUGUAGGUACGGCCUUGCUUGCACACGCCAUGACUGCAGGUUCUGGCAUCCAGGCCGAGACAGCAGCGAAGAAAUGGGGCCUCUCCCUGCUCUCAGCCUGCUGGACCAAACCAUGGAGUACUCGUGGGUUCCCUUAGGGAUGAAGGCCAAGCUUAAUGAAGAUGGCACAGUUUCUUUCUCAGAACUCACCAAAACUGAGCUUGAGACUGCUGUAGAUGAUGAGCAUGGUGUGGUGUAUGAAUUGGUGGGAGUGGUGUCCCAUGUGGCAGAUCCUCGCUUCCCUGACAAGAACAACUUGGUGGCAUGCAUCAGAGUUGGCCCCAGUUACCAUGUGCGGGCAAAGGUUUCCUCUGUCUCUCACUGGUACCUCUUUAAUGAUAUAAGCAUUCAGCCAAUAACAGCAGAAGAAGCAGUUUGGUUUCCCUGUGGCUGGAAAACACCGUGUGUACUCUAUUGGCAGCGAAAGAAGUUUCAUACAGAAUUCCAGAAAGCAGAACCCACUAAUCCCAUUACUGCUGAUGUGUUUGGAGAAGACAAGUCCUUGGCACAGAGGGGUCGAAAGAGGAUAACUUUCACACCACUCACAGCUGAUGAAAUGCCAGGGGAAGGUGAUCUGGUUGCCAUGGAUGCAGAAUUUGUAAACCUACACCAAGAGGAAGCUGAAAUCCGCAGUGAUGGCACACGCACCACCAUUAAGCCUUCACACAAGUCUGUUGCCAGAAUCACCUGCAUCCGAGGACAAGGUCCAUUGGAGGGCACACCCUUCAUGGAUGAUUACAUCUCCACACAGGAACAGGUGGUAGAUUACCUCACACAGUUCUCGGGUAUCAAACCAGGAGACCUUGAUGCAAACUUCUCACAGAAGCAUUUAACUACUCUGAAAUCCACCUAUGUCAAACUUCGUUACUUGGUUGACAAGGGCGUGAAAUUUGUAGGACAUGGCUUGAAGAAUGAUUUCAGAGUAAUCAACAUGACUGUUCCCAUGGCUCAACUGAUAGACACAGUGCACCUCUUCCACAUGUCCCACAACCGCAUGGUGUCUCUCAAGUUCCUUGCUUGGCAUUUCAUGAAACUCAAGAUCCAGAGUGUCACCCAUGAUAGUAUUGAGGAUGCCAGAACAGCUCUGGCACUCUACCAGAAGUACUGUGAACUGAAAGCUGAGGGAGACCUGGUGAUGGAGCUGCAGAAACUGUAUGAAGCUGGUAAGAAGGCUCAGUGGAGGGUUCCUGGUGAAGAAGAAGAUGAGUAGAUUGUAGUGAGUUGGAAUGAGUAAGGGACAUUCCACAGGUAUUUUGCAUAUAGUUGACAGCAGCGGAUGCCGUUGUGUUCAUACCUAACGUAUUGACAUAAAUGUACAAAUAGAAGUCAUUUUAGAUUUAUUUUAGCAAGGGAUAAUGUAUGUACAUGUUUACAUUUUCUAUUUUGUUCUCCCUCUUGUGUGGGAAAAUGACUUGUAAAGGCUUUUUAUUUUAUUUAUAUUUUUUGUUACCAUUUUUAUUGUUAUUAUUAUAGUAUUAAUGAUAAUUAUUGUUAGUAGUAUUAAUAUUAUUGUUAGCAUUUUUAUUUAUUCAUUCUUUUAUUUUAUUUGUACUUAUUUUUUAUGUAGUAUUUAUUGAUUUUUUCUACUAAGGUAAGGAUAUCUCAAGUCAUCAAUUUACAUUGGUAUGUUAUCAUCAAAGGAGUAUCAUUUUGAAUGCUUUUUUUAAGAUACAAUACUGGCUCACUACCACACAUACAGAUAUAUGGAAAAAUGAUGGAUGGAUAUAUUUGGUAAGAAAAUACUCAUUUAUGAAUGUGUGUGUGUGUGUGUGUGUGUGUGUGUGUGUGUGUGUGGUCUCGGUAGUAUGAAAGAAGUAGUGCAAUAAUUUCAUCCAACCCUUCAAUAGAAUGUUGGUUGUAAACACAGGUAGUGGGACUGUUAAUGGUUACUUUUGCUAAGUCUCCCAUGACAUACACAUCAGAAUAAAUGACGCAGGUUAAGUGUUCUUACGAGAUGUUCUCUGGUAGACAGUACAUACUGUAUUUAUUUUAAGGGUAAUGGACAGUGAAUGGUUUUCAUCACAGAUUAUUUAUAUACUAAUUGACACACACACACACACACACACACACACACACACACACACACACACACACACACACACACACACACACACACAAGUUAUGCAUGUUACAAAUAUACUUUUCAUACUGUAGACUAUAUUUUUUUAAAAUUUUUGAAAUACAUAUUAAUAUGUACAUAACUUAUUUUAUAUAAAGAAUUAACACUAAAAUGUGAUCUGUAAACAGGUGAGAGGUAUGUACUUAAUGUUUAAAGAUUUAUUUUACUAUUGAUCCUUUGUGAGUGAAAAAUAAAGAUUAAGUCCAG